AUGCAGCUCAGCUCAACUUUCGCGUCCCUCCUCGCGGCGGUAUCGCUCUUACCGCAGGUUCUGGCCGUUGGCACGCCAUUCGGUCUCGGCUCUGCUACGACUGGCGGUGGAUCGGCUGCAGCUGCUACGCCUACGUCUCUGGCGCAACUCACGACUUGGCUCUCGGACAGCACGGCUCGCACCAUCGUACUCGACAAGACGUUCGACUUUACCGGUACCGAGGGCACUACGACUGGCUCUGCAUGCAAGGUCUGGACGUGCACACCCAACCCGCAGAUUGCCAUCGACAAGAACAGCUGGUGCGAGAACUACGAGCCGAGCGCGUCAAAGACAACGGUCACGUAUGACAACGCCGGUCUUAACCCCCUCAAGGUUGGUAGCAACAAGACGCUUCUCGGCAAGGGCAGCAGCGCGGGUAUCCGUGGUAAAGGUUUGUACCUCAGCGGCAGCAACAACGUCAUCAUCCAGAACAUCAAGAUCGUCGACAUCAACGCUCAGUUUGUCUGGGGUGGAGACGCCAUUGCGAUCGAUGGCGGUUCGAACAUUUGGAUUGACCACAACUUCAUCCAAAACAUCGGCCGUCAGUUCAUCGCCACCGGUUACGGUGCCGUGACGAAGACGACCAUCUCGAACAACGUCUUCGACGGCGACGUAACCUACUCCCCCUAUUGCAACGGAUACGCCUACUGGGCCUUUAUCUUCACCGGUUCCGGCGACCAGCUUACCUUUGCUCUCAACCACAUCUACCACACGUCUGGCCGCGGACCGCAUGUUGGUGGCACGUCGGGAUACUACCAGAACAUCCACAUCUUCAACAACUACUACGACCAUAUCGAUGGACACGCGGUUGAGCCUGACGUUGGCUCUAAGGUACUUCUUGAGGGCAACUACUUCAACGACGUGACAUCGCCGAAUCUCGAAGGCGACGGCCAACUUUACGUCCCCACCGCAUCUUCGACUGCAUGCCAGUCUGCCCUAGGCCGCUCAUGCGUAGCAAACACUCUCCUGAGCUCGGGUUCGCUCGUCGAUGCGUCCGACACUGGCGUGCUUAGCGGGAUCACGAGCGCUUACUCGGCCGGCUGGACGCUUCUCAGCGCCCAAGAUGCUGCAACCUAUGUGCAAGCACACGCAGGUGUGGGCAUUGUCAACUAA